AAAAACGACAGUAUAAGUGACGGCGUUUGGAUACUAGCUUUUGCCUUUUUGAGGCAAGUUUUAGUUGAGGCUAUUAAGUACCAUUUUCCCGCCAUUUUACUGGAGAAGCUUGCAAAUUCAAUCAAAUGGCGCCAGCUCCCAAAUCUGAUAGCGCCGAAGCGAUCGUCCUCAACUUCGUGAACGAGCAAAAUAGGCCGCUUAAUUCACAAAAUGUGGCUGAUGCUUUACAAAAGUUCAAUCUCAAGAAGGCUUCAAUACAAAAAGCCCUGGAUAAUCUGGCUGAUGGUGGGCGGAUUUCCUUCAAGGAGUAUGGUAAGCAGAAGAUUUAUCUUGCUCGCCAGGACCAAUUCGACAUUCCGAAUAGCGAAGAACUUACUCAGAUGAAGGAAGAAAAUGCCAGGUUGCAGAAACAACUUGAGGAACAAAGGAAAGCUAUUGGCGAGGUUGAAGGAGAAAUCAAAGCUUUGCAGUCAAAUUUGACACUGGAACAGAUACGUGCAAAGGAAGCCAAACUAAAAAUGGAGGUCAAAGAAAUGGAGGACAAGCUGGAAAAAUUACGUGGUGGAGUUACAUUGGUGAAGCCAGAAGAUCGUGAGGCUGUUGAAAAAUUGUACACAGACAAAAUAAGUCAAUGGAGAAAGCGUAAAAGGAUGUUCAAAGAUUUAUGGGAUGCUAUUACUGAGAACUCGCCAAAGAAUCUGAAGGAAUUCAAGGAAGAACUUGGACUUGAAUAUGAUGAAGACGUUGACGUGAGUUUACAGUCAUUCGGUGACAUGCUGCAACGUGGUAAGAAGCGGCUGCGAGGCCAGUGAAUUUUUGUUUAAGGUCUUUAUCUUAGCUAAUUACACAAAAAAGAUGGUUCUUCUCUUGCUUCUUUACUAGAGAAAAACGCUGAUUCUGCGUUCUAUUAAGUUGUAUAUUGGAGUUUCAGAACCCAAUAUGGUUAACCAUCCAUGUAUGUUAGAUGUUUAACCGUUACAUUAUCGUGAAAACGGUUUACCAUUUAUGUAUGUUUAAGGUUAAACCUUUACAGUCCAUGGUAUAUAUCGCAGUUUAUCCAAUUCAAAGGUACGUAGACGAUUAAUUGAGGUACUAGCAGUUGCAUGAAGCAACU